CAGCUCUCGUUUGAGGACAAAACCUGUACGGGGUUAUCUGUGGAACUAUUGCUCAUCGUGAGAAAAUGGUCUAUCCGUCGGAUUAUUUGCCCCACUUUCAACCACGAGAUGGUGAUAAUCUACACACUCAGGAGAGCGGUGAUGCAGGUCUCUCUUCUGACAUGGUGCACAAGUUUUGUUACAAGUAUGAAGAAAGUGCCCUGCCUGUAACUGACACAGGGAGUUGUGUGAGGCCCAUUCCUCACAUGAAGCAGUUCCCCAUGUUGACAAAAAGCAAGCCACACCCAUACCCGCCUGAGUCAAGACCUAUGACAGAGGGAUUCUUAAUCAAGUCCAGUUUGGCUGGGAUGCAAAGUGAGCCGCAAAAUAACUUCAAUUGCCAGACAUACACAGAUCGUGAAGAUAAUAGCAAGGGAGAGGAAGUAGUCAAGCCUUUACCCGGAACAUCAGCCAUUACAGAGGCACUCAUGGAAGAUGUAGAAAAUAAGGGUAACAUCAUGGAUGCCAACACAGACGCCAAAGAAAACCCAGGAAGCGCCGCACCAGUGGAAGAAGUGACGGACCAAAACCGCUACAAGAAAAGAGCUGUUGGGAAAAAAUGGAAAGUCUACAAUCUCUGUGUGGUGGCAGUUCUAAUCAUAAACUUUCCUGCCUGUAAUGGAUCUAAUGAUGGGCUAAACUGUGUGGUCUGCAAGGAUCAGGACAAGUGCUCCAACCUCAACACAAUAUAUGACGAAUGUGACAAUAUCCUGUACCAGAGAGACAAGAGAGAGAAAGCUUUCCCAGAAUGCUCUCAAAUACCACCGCCUGUGCCUAAGACUCCUAAAACCUGCACAAUAUGCCAGUCCAAUUUUGUCUUCAUUACCUGCUCAAACGACACUAAUGAAAUCCAACCAGAAGCAAAGGGAUCACUCAUUCAAGACAUCCAUAAAACAUGCAUGCAGUAUAAGACUUCUGACCCGAUGCCCAGCAGAGGGACUUCCCAUUACAGUAUGUACUUUAUUUUCACAUAG